CCUGUCUACAGGGUCUCCAUGGAGAACAGAAACAAUGUGACAGAGUUCAUCCUCCGUGGGCUGAUCCAAGAUAAGACAGCAGCAAAACUGUGCAUCGUGUUGUUCUUAGUCUUCUAUGUCAGUAUCAUUCUUGGAAACCUGGCUAUCAUCAUGACUAUAAAGAGAAGUGAACAGCUGAACUCUCCCAUGUACUUCUUCCUGAGCUACCUGUCUUUAGUAGACAUCAGCUACUCCACUGUCACAGCUCCCAAACUGAUUCAUGACCUUCUUGUGGAGAAGAAGACCAUCUCUUUUGCGGGCUGUGUAGCUCAGCUGUUUGCAGGCCAUUUCUUUGGGUGCACUGAGAUGUUCCUGCUGACAGUGAUGGCCUAUGACCGUUGCAUUGCUAUCUGCAAGCCCCUUCAUUACACCACCGUUGUGAACAAGCAGGUUUGUAGCUGGCUGGUGGCAGCUUCUUGGGUGGGAGGCUUUGUUCACUCAGUGGUGCAGACCCUGCUGGUCAUCCAGCUUCCAUUUUGUGGGCCCAAUCAGAUUGACCACUUCUUCUGUGAUGUUAACCCUUUACUGAAGCUGGCCUGCACUGACCCCUACAUCAUUGGUGUCAGCGUGGCUGCCAAUAGUGGUUUGAUUUCCCUGAGCUGUUUUGUUGUGCUGGUUGUGUCCUAUGCUGUCAUCUUGGUUUCUCUGAGGACACGCUCUUCUGAGGGGCGUCUCAAAGCAUUCUAUACGUGUACUUCCCACAUCACUGCUGUGGUUCUGUUCUUUGGGCCCUGCAUUUUUAUCUACAUGCGCCCUUCCACCACCUUCUCAGCAGACAAGAUGGUCUCUGUGUUCUACACCACCAUCACUCCUAUGCUCAAUCCCUUGAUCUACACGGUCCGAAAUAAGGAGGUGAAAAAUGCCAUGAAAAGGUUGUGGGGCAGAAAAGUGAAGGGGAGUGAGAAAUGA